CAGCGACUUUGACUUCCGCGACGACAGGAUCCAGUUCUGCACAGCAAAUCAAUCAAGAUGCCUCCCAAGAAGGUCGUGCGCACCCAGGAGAACGUCUCCCUAGGCCCCCAGACGAGAGAAGGUGAGCUCGUCUUCGGCGUCGCUCGUAUCUUCGCCUCCUUCAACGACACCUUCGUCCAUGUCACCGAUCUCAGCGGUCGCGAGACUAUCACCCGUGUCACGGGUGGUAUGAAGGUCAAGGCUGACCGUGACGAGUCCUCUCCCUACGCUGCCAUGUUGGCUGCUCAGGACGUCGCUCAGCGCUGCAAGGAGGUUGGCAUCAACGCCCUCCACAUCAAGAUCCGUGCUACUGGAGGUAACGGUACCAAGACCCCCGGUCCCGGUGCUCAGUCCGCUCUCCGUGCCCUCGCUCGUUCUGGCAUGAGAAUCGGCCGUAUUGAGGACGUCACCCCCACCCCCUCCGACUCUACCCGCAGAAAGGGUGGUCGCCGUGGUCGCCGUCUCUAGAUUGUUGGCGCACUGCUUUUUAUGGGCUUUGCAGUGGGUGGCAGAGGGUUGAUGACAAAAACGCGGAGAACGGCUUUUGCCUGGUCUUCAUUAUUCUUUCUUGUCAUCAGCGCUUAUUGCGGGUCCCUUUAUGUACAUCCUCUAAAUUAGGUAGCUUAGAGCUCAAAAAUGCCCAAGAUUCUCAAAAUAAUAAAAAUUCAGAUCAUUCUUCA